AAAAAACUGGACGCCGGCAGCCAUAUUUGAUUUGCUUUUGCUUGGGUUAACUUUUCGAAGACAGUAAGCUAAAAACUAAUAUUGAGUGCGAACAAAAAAUAAGUGCAUAUAUUGUUGUGAAACACAGAAGUAUUAACUGUUUAUAAAAAAUAAAUAAAUAUUAUAGAUUUCCAUGAUUGCUUCGUUUCUGAACUUGGAAGCGGAUUGUUGACGUAGCGAUGUCGGGCGGGCGACUGGUGGUGCUGGACCGGACUGGGCAGCGGGUGAAGCGGUACCCGCUGGGCUCGGGGCUGGCGACGCUGGGCAGCCACCCGCGCUGCGACAUCCGCGUCAUGCUGCCCAGCGUCUGCGAGCACCACGCCACCGUCGUAGUGCACGCCACUCAGACCGUGGUCCGGAACGUGGGCACUGGUUCGACGCUGGUUAACGGGCAGCCCGUGAGUGUGGCGGCUCUGCAUCACGGCGACAUCAUCACCAUCUGCGAGCGACACCUGCGCUGGGAGUAUUCCCAGCCCCGGAGCGCCCGCCCGCAGUCGCAACUUCACCCGGUGCUGUACACGGCUGGAGGCGAGACGGGGGCGGGGUCAGGCAGGCAGGUCCGCACUCGCCGGCGCGGCAGCGCGGGGGGCGCGCCCACUCCGCGCUCGCCCUCCCUGCAGCUGGCCCUGGAGCUGCAGCACCGCGCCUCCACGCCCGGCAGUGCCGGCGGCAAGCAGGUGGCUGUAGUGCAGCCACAACGGAGAGAUACGCCACAACAGAAUGGGGCCACCUCGCCUAGGAACAGUUCCCAGGGUAUGAUAGAACGGAAUAGCGAGGCUCAAGAGGGUCGGAGUGUCCGCGGCGCCACCAAAGCCUGGAUAUGGAUAGAGUCCAGGAAGACCUCUCCCAGGGCUGCUAAGUGUAACGCGUGGCCUUCGUCGGCCCGUAAGGCUCCUCCCCUACGAGAAGCGGCCAUGAGGAGAGCCGCCUCUCUCACCAAACUGCAGCACUCGCCUCUCGACCAAACGAAACAAGCUGCCAUAAUGUUGAUGACGGGCCACACACCCAAGUCGAAGCUGUCCACCAGCCAGGCCCGCAGGACUCCCUCGUUCCUAGUGAAGAAACCCAGCCCCGUGGCCACGCCGAGGGGGAGCAACAGUCUCUCCUCAGGUGGAAACACUUCCACGAGGAAGGCAAGCGCUAGGAAGAGUAGCAGCAGAAAUAGAGGAGCCAGCUCGGUUUCUGUACUGGAGAUAAGCGACUCGAGCCCCAGUCCGUCUACUCCGAGCGCUCGUUCUUCGAGAACCUCGCAACAGAGCCGAGGGGAUUUCUAUGGAGUCGGUAAAAAGGGUGGUCUCAAAUCACCUCCUUUACCGACUCCAAAGAAAUCUGCUAUGAAAGACCCGAAGAAGUCCUCCAGAAAAACGGAGUCCAUCAAAUUUGACUUGAGCAAUUUAGAAAACUGCUCCCAACUUUCUGACGAACUCACGAACAAAUCUCAGAGGACGCUCCCCGAAGGCGGCUUCACUCUUUUCCAUGACACGUCCAGCGAUGUAUCUAUUCUAUCGAGUCCAUCGCCGAGAAUAUCCCAACAUUCUCCCAGCAGUAGGAUACUAGACAAAUCUCUGGGUGCGAGUGUUAAAGAAUCUCCCGCCAUAAGAAGUGCCAGAAGCACGUUUACCAUACAAUCUCCUCCGCCAUCGAGAAAGACCUCCCGCGGGAGUGUCAUCAUACAGAAAGCCUUGGAGAGCAUCAACGAAUCUGGCAGAUCUUCGCGAAGAUCGACCAAAACUGUGACCGACACUCUGAGCCCACGAUCGCCGCCGAACAAUCUCGAGACUUACUCCAUAGUAGAUUUAGUUUCCAUGGAAUCGAACGAAACGAAAAAGACCUCGUCCGUGUACGAUUCGGCGGGAUCGGCCGACAGCAGUCCCGCAGCGUUCAAGACUCCCGACAACACUUCGGUCAGGAAGACCAGGUCGACCAUCGACCGGGCUUUAGUCGACUCCAGCACGCCUUACGUCCGGAAAGUCACGAGGAAAUCGUUGGCCAAGCCCCGUUCAAACCCCGACUUAUCCGAUCGGAGAUACGUUCCCGGGAACGAAUCCCGGACCUCCGUUCCAACUUCGGGAUCUUCUCGACGCUCAAAGUCCACGACGACCCCAGAAAAUACCUUGAAACAUAUAUCGGUGAACAGCACAAGGAUCUCCAGAUCGUCAAGAAAGCGGUCGCGAAUCAACGACACCGACUCGAUCCUGAUAUCCGACAACUCGCACGUGGAAGACGAAUCGCCGAGGUCUUCCAAGAAGAGUUUGUCCAAAUCGAGCCGACAGCUAAAGCGGAGCACCGGCAAAGUAUCUCCUAACGUGCAGCGGAAGAGUACUAGAAGGAGCGGGGGAUCCCCUCCCACCGCUGUUACACAAACCGAGGGAAUGAGCACUCCGGAACAAAGACACAGCCCCGAGGAAGUCGGCACUCCGGUGCUGAGCAUCCAGAGCCUUCUGGACUCCAGCCAGAGUUCGCUCGCAUCGCUAAACUCCAAUAAAAAAAGUCGAGUGUCGGUCAACGUCAAACGGAAGACUAUCGGCGCGAUCCGUUUGGAGGCCAAAGGGCGUCACACAGGAUGGAAAUCCAAAUCUAAAUCCCUCAGUUUCACCGCCCGUCGCGGCUUGCUACGGCUCAGCAAAGAUUCUUCGGAUAAAGAGGAAGCUCAGGCGGACGAAAAAAUGGUGACGCCGAAGAGCGCCGUCAAACUGGUGCAGGAAGCCGUGAAGAAUAAGCACUCUACCGCGAAGAAGCCGCAGUCGAAACGGUCAAUCAUAGACAACCUGGACGAGUCCGACAUCGUCAAGCAGCUAUUCAACAGUCCCGUUAAAAGGAAGCUGUCUCAGAGCAUGACGGAGUUUUCCAGGAAGCAGCUGUUCGACGACGAAGAAAUGGAUACUGUGAGGCGUCCUACACGAAACACGGUCGCGCUGACGGGAAGAACUCCCGACCGCUCCGUCAUCGACAAUACCGAUGUGUACACUCCAGAGCGGUUUGUCAGCCCCAUGGGAUCUACCAACAGCCCUGACUUGACCGGUAUCGACCGUUUGUUCCGCAAGAAUUCGCCGAACAACGAUCUUUCGGACAUAAGAGGCGUGAAGUCGCUAUUGCGAUCGCCGCGAACGAGGAAAUCCGUCCGAAACGACCUGACCGACGUCUACGGAGUCAAGAGAGUGUUCGCCAAAUCGCCCAAGAACAGACUGAGCGAUGUCGCAGUCAAAGAAGUGUUCACUGCGCAACCUAAGGACGACUUACGUCGCGUCUCCGGAGUCAAGAGCUUGUUCCGUUCGCAGAAGAAUAAAUCGCCGAGAAACGACUUGACCGACGUGAGAGGCGUCAAGAAAUUAUUCCAGAGAAAUAGCCCUGUCAACGACCUGCGUAGAGUGUCCGGUGUGAAACGCACUCUGCGCAGGUAUUCGCCUCGGAACGACCUCCGGGACGUAAGGGGCGUGAAACGGAUGUACGGCGAGGCGAAGAGAAAGGACGAUUUGAACGACUUGAGCGGAGUCGAGGAACUGUUCAACGAGUCCUUCCCUGCCAGAAACACGGAUAGAACGUUCGACCAAUUGCUGGGGAAGCCCCCUAUUAAAGCAGUUUACUCCAAGAGUUUCUUGAAGAAGACGUCUGUGAAGCCUAAGACACGCAAAGCGAAGUCGCUGCAUGUAUCUUAUGACAUGAUAACGAACAACGUGGAGGAGUGGUUGGAGCAGGAGCUGCAGAAACGCUUGCACAGGGACAACGACGAGAAGAAGAAUCGAGAGCUUCAGAAGUUGGUCACCGACACUGUAGAGGGUAUAUCUCCUCUCCGCGAGUCGCGGGUCCGUCGAAGCGUCGCUACCAAAUCAGUAGAGGACAGAAUGUCGGCCGGGAACAAUUAUAGCUCACACGCGCUGCCGCUCAAGAAGCGAUCGUUGGCCGAAAGAGAUAGCUCCCGGCCCAUCACCGGCGACGGCGAUAUGAAGGGCGACCACAACCACGCGAAUGGACAGGAAAGUUUAUUACCGCUAAAGAAGCGCAUGAUACACUCGACCCCGAAGAAGGGGCCCCUCUACCGCCCCGUUAUUACCACUAUCAGUGUCUCGCCAAUACCCACGCCUGAUGCACAAGUUACUUACAUUAGUUCUUCAGAACAACAACCGAAAGAGCAACUGGGUGUAUCCAAAUCUAAGCGAGUGACGAGACAGAAACAGGCUAUAGAAAUCCAUCCAAAGAACACCAGGGCAAAGAUGCAAGUGGAAAAGGACAAUGUUCAAGCUGUCCCUCCUACCAAAUUACAGGCUGAAGAAAAACUUUCAAAGAAUACUAGACAAAAGAACCAAGCCAAAGAAGACAAAAUCCCUUCAGCUCCCGAAUCAAAAAAUACACGCGCAAGAAACACUAGGGCUAAGAAACCGGCAGACGAUAAGACAACUACCGCUCCUAAAGUACAGGAACCAGUUGAAGAUAUACGUACCAAGAUUAAUAGAGGAAGAAAAAUUACAGUCGAAAAGGAAAUCUCUCAAGUUCCUACUCCCAAACAGACGAGAGGGCGCGGCCAAACAGUUGGACAAAAAUCUCAACCUAAAGAAAGCGCAAAGAAGGCUAGAACUCGCAAAGCUGCAGCGGAGAAACCGAAUCAAAGCCCACCCAAAAGGACUCGCGCUAAAGUCCAAAAUGCCGUCGUUGUGGUCUCGAAACCGUCUCCCCAACUGAAGCCUAGGGGUAAAGCUGAAGCCGCAACGAGGAUAUCUCGCAAGACCACCGCCAAUGUAACAGAAACGAAAAGACAGAAGGUGGAGCCACCCAAACAGGCGAAGAAUGCACCGGUUGUAGUUGAAAUCAAACGGGGACGCAGAACGAGGAAUGUGGAGGAGAAAGAAGAUAAAGCGCAAACGAAGCCUGAUGCUGAACCGAAGAGGACCAGAAGCCGCAGCCUGAAGAAGCAAGAGAGCACUCAGUCGGAGCCGACUACCACCAGGGGGCGACCUAACUUGACCAAUAUCCACAACACAGUAUUGCCAGAAGUCAGGGGAAGGAAGCGUAAAAGCGACGUAGAACCCGAGGUGCCAAACAAAAAACUUAAAAGCACUGGAAAAAGCUCAUCGGAGGAGGCUGGCAAGAUUAAUGCCAGAAACGCUGGCAGAGCGAAAGCUGCGGUUCCUGUUCAAGAGAGCAAUACGCGCUCGAAGAGAACCGCCGCCGGGGACAGCAAACCACCCGUCGCUACCAAAAAUAACAAGAAUGCAUCGGAGCCGGCGGCGGCUAAGACUACACGCAAAAGGAACGCUGAAAUGGCAGCGUCGCCCGCUAAAGCAUCGCCGCAGAAGGAGCUCGUCACUCGCGUCACUCGCGCCCGGAGCGCUGCCGCCAAACCGUCAACGAAAACUACAAGCCGCACCGCAUGGAGAUAAUAAUCAUACCUUCAUGCAAUGAAAUAAGUACAAAUUACAAUAAAAUGCGCAUCAGGUAGUAUUAUUAGUUGUGGACCUUAUUGUUAUGCUGGGAUUUGACUUGGCUAUUCCUAUUCGCCUUUGUAAACUUGACAGCAUUCGCUAUUUUUCAUUCCCUAUAGAUUGUGAUAAAGAUAUGCUGUUGUUGUCAAAAGUAUACAUUAAACGCCAUGUCAAAUGCUAAUAUUAUAUAAUGGAAAGGAUAGUCUUUAAUAAUAUUAAACUUUGUGAUCAAUGUGUUCUGUAAUUUAGCUCAAAUACACGUAUACGGUUUCACGUGACGAGAUGUAGUUUUGUAAACGUUUACAGUUUGUUACAUGUAUAGACAAUAUUAAGAUUAGAAUUCUUGCGACAUAUUUGCAAAGUGGAAAUUUAAUUAAAUGUUACAAAACGGCCACGAUGCUGUUUUUAAUUUCAAACUAGUGUUAUUUUUACAAGCUUUUAUUUAACUUGCUAUGUAUGUUUGUUACGGUCAAAUCUUACAACUCAAUUUUAAAGCACUUGCCCUCAACCGAUUAAGCUGAAAUUUGGUAUGCUCGUUCAGUUCGGAUGACAAUGCAUGAUUAACAGUGUGACGUCAUUCUAAAUCCAAUAUGGCGGCAUACCCAAAAUGGCGGACCAAUCAUUUUUAAUGCAUUCCUGCAAUAUGGGUAUCAAGUUAAAGGGCUUGCUGAGAAAAAAAUGUGACGUCACUCUCAAUCCAAUAUGGCGGACUUCUAAAAUUUGAAAAUCUAUUUAGAAACAGAUAUCUUUAACUAAUUUAGUUGAAAUUUUCUUUUUUUCUUUUUACGCAUUUGAAUAAAAGCUUGUUUUUAAAAAGGUUUUUCUAUUCUUAAAACGUAUUGUUCGUCAAGUUCUAUGUGUUAAUGAAAAAUGGAAUUUAAUUUUACAGAUCAUUUCUAGGACAUGUUUUCAGUUUCAUUUUCACAAGCUAUAUUUUUUUCGUUUAUGCCAGGACAUAGAAUUGAAAUUCCUUCUAAAUUGUGUUGUAAAAUAAAUCGUACAAUAAAUAAAUCCUUUAUACACCGAAAAAUAUUUAGAUCUUAAUUUAUAUAUCUAUUUUUUAAGUUUUUUUUUUGUAGGAAAACUACGUAUUUUGUGUGAUUAUUAAGGACUUAUUUUAUUAUUUCGCUUUCACUUUUGAUAGUUAACAUUAAUUUGGGGUCGACCUCCUAAUCAUGUGUAAAUACGAUGAAUGUUUCUGGAGAUAAUGGUUGCUUUCCAAUUACAGAGCAUAAUGCGACUCAGUGCCGCACAAUGCCCAAUUAUGCUGAUGCUUAAUUGGAACGUGAAUUAGUUUUCAAAUGCACCAGCAGAGUGCGCUAAGUUCAGUGUUGAAAAAAAAAGUCAAUGUUUGUACCUUCAUCCAUACUUAUAUUUAUUUUUUAACAGUUUGAAUGAACUUUGAUUAUUUAAAAAAAACUAUUUAAUGAAACGAAAGCUUUAAUAAUUUUUCAACAAUAAAUAAUAUUACUAACGAUAACAUAUAAAUAAAACGUUUCGAUCAAUGCCAACUUAAAGAAAAAACACUUGUUAAUUUUCUGUCUCUAAGUUGGUACGAUUGCACGCAUCACACGAAAGCAUCACUUCUGAGAGUGCUCAAUUGUGCGAAGCGUUGCUGUAGUUGGAACACUCAACGUUAAGCAUUAUGCCGCAUAAUGCAUUAUAAUGCUGUAAUUGGAAAGCAACCAAUAAUUAUUUUUUGUGGCUAUAUUAGUACCUGCACUUGCUCCAGUGAUAUAAAGAUAACUUUCUUAUAAUCAGUCUCUUUUGAAUUUUCAGUACGUCGAUGGUUUACCUGAAGAUUGAUAAGUCGGCCUGUAGUUUAAUAUUAAUUAUGGUUAUAUUUUAGUUGUAUGCGGAUGUCAGUACUUCAUUAUUAUUGUAAAACUAUGUGCAAGUUUUUUAGUUAAUAUUGUAAAUGUAUUGAACGGUGCUGUUUGGAUUUGGUCGAUGAGCACUCGACGCCGACGCACAACACUACGGGAACAAUAUCGCGACCUACGAUGUUGUAUUGACAAUUUAAACAUAAUUUUGAUUAGAUAUUUUAUUUGAGAACAUUGAAAGGUUAUCAAAAUAUUAUUUAGUUUAAGAUCCGGUAUCGCUAUUUUGAAAAUAUGAUUUAAAUAAAAAUUGUGAGAACUUGAUUUUGUCUUUUUUAAUUACGAAUGAUUUGAAUGAACAAUUAUUCUGGCUAGGCCAUACUAUUAAAAAAUAAAUAUAUAAUGAGAAAAGAUAUGUUUCUUUGUGUGCUUAUUCAAUAAUAAGCUCCGAAAAUACUGAACUGAUUUGAAAAAUUCUUUAAAAUUUUAGAAUGUUACAUUAUCAAAAAUUCAAAUUUAUGUUUAUCCCUAACGGACUUUCUAUUUUUUAGCAUAAGUGAUGACCUCAAUAAUUUUGCCCGGUUUGGAAUGCUUCUUUUAAAAAAAAAAGGUAUGAUUUCAUAAAAUCGAAAUUUUUCAUAAUAAUAAAUAAAUAAUAAUAAUAAAUAUUUCCGACACUCACACCAAUUAGCCUAGCCCCAAAGUAAGCACUAUAAGGCUUGUGUUAUGGGAUGCUAGGGUAACUGAUAGAAUACAUAUAUAAGUAUAUUUAUAUAAAUACAUAUUAAACAUCCAUGACUGGAGUACAAAUGCUCGUAUUCAUCACACAAACAUCUGCCCCCACCGGGAUUCGAAUCCGGGACCUCUCGAGUCGGCGACAGCCAUGAAACCCGGCGUACAAACCACUCGGCCACGGAGGUCGUCAUAUUUUCAUAAUUUUCAUAUUCUUUUGAAAACAACUUCAAAAAUAUUGGAUAUUCCUAAAAAAUGAUAAACAACGAAGCAAACGGAAUAUGGCGGGGCAACAUCACGUAGGUUAGUACAGCUAUCGUGCUGUGGUCACGCAGUAUGAGGUUUGUAUUUGACGGGGUUCGAGAUUCGGAAUAUGGCGGGCAGCAGCGCGGCGAGGGUGGUGAAUAGCGCUGGCGCUGCAGUGGGGGGCACCACGAAGUGCAGCGUG